AGCCCUGCUAUAUAUACAAGUGCCCAAGCAGAUAGAUAGACAUAUACGUACCCAACCUCUUCGUCUUUUAUUCUAAACGAGGGCUAGCUGUUUAUUUUGUUCAGGCGCUAUAGAGUUGCAGACAAGUAGAUUAAUUGGAAUGGCUUCGGCUUGGUUGAGGUCAUUUUCUAUUCUUGCCUUUGCCUUGCUUGUUUCUACCUUUGUCAUUGUGGCUGAAAGCCGAGUAGCAAGGAAAGAUUUGGGUUUGGGGGUUGGAGUGGGUGCAGGAGUAGGUAUUGGCUUAGGGGGUAGUGGCUCUGGGUCUGGAGCUGGGUCAGGUGCUGGUUCAGGAGCAGGCUCUUCUGCUGGGUCUUAUGCUGGAUCAGGUUCGGGCCAUGGCCAAGGCCAAGGCCAAGGUUCUGGCUCUGGAUCUGGUUCUGGGCAUGGUGAGGGCUAUGGCGAGGGUUCUGGACAUGGGCAUGGCUCUGGAGGUGGUUAUGGAUAUGGUGAAGGAUCUGGAACUGGGUAUGGUGAAGGUUAUGGGCAUGGGUCCGGCUAUGGAAGUGGCCAUGGAAAGUGAGAGAAAACAAUAGUUUCAGAGGUUUAAUUAAUAUCACCAUUUUGUACAUAAAUAAGGAAACGGUGAGACUAAACCCUAUGUAGUUCUGAAUUCUAUGAAUGUACUUCUGAAUUGAAGAACCUGCUGGUCAUCUAAUUAGUGUCAGAUAUAUGUUUUGCUUUCUA